AUGAAGCUGCUGUUGCUGGGUCUGGGGCUGAUUCUAGUCUGCGCCCAUGAGGAAGGAAAUGAUGUUGUGAGAAGCAACUUCGAUUAUUCAAAGAUUUCAGGAUAUUGGAAUUCCAUUUUCAUGGCCUCCGAUGUCAGGGAAAAGAUAGAAGAAGGUGGUAGCAUGAGGGUUUUUGUGAAACACAUCGAAGCCCUGAGCAACUCUUCUCUGCUCUUUAACAUGCGUACAAAAGUGGAUGGAAAGUGUACUGAAAUUUCUCUGCUUACUGACAAAACAGAAAAGGAUGAUGAAUAUAGUGUUGUGUAUGAUGGAUACAAUGUAUUUAGCAUUGUUGAAAUAGACUACACUGGCUAUAUUAUGUUUCAUCUUGUGAAUUUCAAGGAGGAGCACACAUUCCAACUGAUGGAGCUCUCCCGAGAACCAGACGUGAGUGAAGAAGUCAAGAAAAGGUUUGUGAAAUAUUGCCAAAAACGUGGAAUUGUUAAGGAAAACAUAAUCGACCUGACCGAAGAUGAUCGCUGUCUCCAGGCCCAGGGGAGUGAAGAGGACCAGGACUCCAGGUUGGUGAUCUCUGGUGGAGAGGGUGACCCAGGGAUGAAUGCCUUCCAGAAGCAUUAG